AUGAGUACCAUUGAUCACGUUGCAUUUGCUAUGCCACGUAAUUCAGCUAAAGUUGCCAUAGAAUGGUAUGAAAAUGUACUGGGCUUGAAACGUUUUGUCAUUAAUCAAGAAGACGAUCCAUUUCAAGGAUUCACUGUGCGUGUUGGUUCUAUGGGUAUGCGCAUGUUUUCAAGCGUCUAUUGGAAAUGUUCUGAGACCGGCUGUGGUGAUGCAGUAUCAAAGCUAAAAUUUGUUUUUGCCGAGUCACUGAUUGAUCCAGAUUCAGACUCAUCAGAUCAAAUUACAACGUUUAUUGCAAGACAUAAUGGUCAACCAGGCCUACAGCAUAUUGCAUUCACAUGUAUCAAUAGUAUUAAAGAAGUUGUUCGUUUGGCAAAAGCUAAUGGUGCUCAGUUUUUGAGUCCAUGUUCUAGCUAUUAUUCUCAAAACAAUGGUCGGGCUAUUGAAGCAGCAGGUGAAAAUGUAGCUGAGCUAUGUGAGUUGGGUAUUUUGCUUGAUGAUGAAGCUGACAAUUGGAAAACAGAGAACACAAUGUCGAAAUUAUUGACCAGAGUUCUUUUACAAAUAUUCACUCGAUCGAUCUUCGACAAUGAUACAUUCUUUUUGGAGCUCAUUGAACGACGUGGUGCAUGUGGUUUUGGUGCUGGUAAUGUGCGAACUUGA